CCUUCACCUAAGCCUCAUCUCUCUCCACGCAUGAUGUCUUUCUUCUUAGUUUAUCUGUUUGUGGACUUCUAUAUCCAGCUCUUCUUUCUUCGAGACAACCCCAAGAGCAGAUUGACACAAACACCAUGCAGGGAAGGCGGGAGGUCAUGUGGCCUAGAUUAGUAGCAAAUAAGAUCCUACGAAAGAGAUCGGGUAGCAACAAUUUUGUGGCAGAUUUUCCUGACAACACCGAGACCUUGCUGGAAAUUCCAUGCUCAUCACAUCAUGUUUCUUCCUCCCCCAAGGCACAAUUCAGUGAUCGGAAGUGUUCAUUCAAGUACGAAGUGUUUGUUAGCACAUGGAAUGUGGGAGCCAUUGCACCAAUGGAGGAUCUGAACAUGGAGGAUUUGCUGAACGUACAGAACAACCCUUGUGACAUUUAUGUUCUUGGGUUCCAGGAGAUCGUGACUCUCAACGCUGGAAAUGUUCUGGGCUCUGAAAACAGUAGGAUUUCUAUGAAAUGGAACUCUUUAAUUAGAGCAGCUCUGAACAAGAAAAUAACUCCAUCUGAUAUAUACCAAGAGACUAAAGUCGGAGAGUUACAAAAAGUUUAUCCUGUGAAGGAUGGAAAUUUGAAAGAAAGCAGUGUUCCACGAACCUUCCGAUGCAUCAUAAGUAAGAAGAUGGUCGGAAUAUUGAUCUCAGUCUGGGUUAGAAGCGACCUCCACAGAUAUAUCCGGCAUCCAAGCGUCUCAUGCGUAGGUUGUGGUAUCAUGGGUUGCCUUGGAAAUAAGGGCUCGGUGUCCGUCAGAUUUUACUUGCGUGAAACAAGCUUCUGCUUUGUUUGUAGUCAUUUAGCUUCUGGAGGGAAAGAAGGAGAUGAGAGGAACAGAAACUCAAAUGUUGCAGAAAUAUUAUCUAGAACAAGCUUUCCUCGCGGUCCGUCACUUGAUUUGCCACGAACAAUUCUAGAUCACGACCGGGUAAUUUUGCUUGGAGACUUGAACUAUAGAAUUUCUUUACCAGAGGCCACCACACGAUUGUUAGUCGAGAAAGGAGAAUGGGACGUCUUAUUAGAAAACGAUCAGCUAAGGACUGAGCUCACGGAGGGUCACGUAUUCGAAGGGUGGAAUGAAGGAGUAAUUGAAUUCGGACCCACGUACAAAUACUGCCCAAAUUCGGACGUAUAUUAUGGGUGUCUUCAAGGUAAAAGGGGAGAAAAGAGACGAGCUCCUGCAUGGUGCGAUCGGAUUCUUUGGUUUGGCAAGGGGUUGAAGCAAAGCCAGUACAGUAGAGGAGAAUGUAAGUUGUCAGAUCACAGGCCCGUCUCGGCAAUUUUCACUGCAGAGGUCGACGUCUUGAGAGAUUCAAGAGGGUUUGAAAGCUACUUCUUGUCUGAUAGAUUUGAGCGAGUACCGAGCCAAUUUGAGGUGUGCCCAACAGUUGAUUUUUUGUGUAAUGGUAGAUCAAGUAUCUGAAUUUAACAGUAAGCAGCUGUUUUUAUCACGCUGUGAUCAGUCCUUGGCCUGAAUUAAUUAGUAUGAGAAACUCCAAAGAUCUUAUCUGAGCUUGCUCAGUUGUACGUACUAGCUUGCUAUUUGUUAGUGUACAGUUAUUUGUUUCUUCUUUUUUUUAAUUUCUCUCGUUAUUUUUCCUUCUCAAAUGCUGUCUAACUCUUCCCCUUCUAUCAUUAAAUUCAGAAAUAUAUA